AUGAGAGUAUUUUGGUCCUUCAUCGUGUCUCUCUCUCCCCUCCUUGCAAAUACGCGCCAUCCAAUCUGCCUGCAAUCGAUCAACAUUCGGCAUCCUGAGCUUGCUUCUCCCCCGAGCUUCUGGAGAGAGCUGGAGCUGGAAAAUGCCGUACCUGGCAUGUCUUCCAAAUAUGGUAUGCGACACUUGGACAAUGCCAGAGACUUUUAUAAAACUUGUAAAACAUGCGCCAUGUGCCGGCUCAUGUUCGUGGCCUUUACAGAGCGUCGUGUAUGGGCUCACCCCUCGGGAGAAACGAUUCGCCCCUUAGCAGAAAAGCCCAUUUUUCUCAGUCCUCUUUAUACGCCUGGAACUGCUACACCAAAGUCUCACAAUCCUGCAGAGGAUAAAACACCACUCAUGGGGGUUCUCGUUUGGAUGCCGAUCGACGGUCAUCCGCCGGCUGAAGGAGAUCAGCCAGUUAUUGAGAGGGAUGGAUAUGUCCCCUGUAUAUUGCUAUUUUACACCGACGACGAGAGCCCUCAUACUUUCCAACGCAUAGUCGGUAGAGUUCCAGUUGGUGGAACGGGAAAUGCUCAAACACUAUCACGCCUCUGCUAUUAUUUCACUACAUGUCGAGAAAACCACCCAGCGUGUUUGCAAACAGUCGCGGGGUCUCCUUUCAGCAAACAGGAAGAGCCAAUACUUCCAACAUAUGUCAUCGAUGUCGGGCGUCUAGGUCCUAACGGAGAGCCUGAACCUCGCUUGACCUGUACAGAUGAAUCUCGUGGCAAUUAUGUCGCCCUCAGCUACCGUUCGCCCUUUAACAAGCAACCAUUUUGCACAACCCGCGAGAACAUUGUAGACCAUCUCAAAUGCAUCCCGUGGGCUGAUUGUCCCAAAUUGUUCCAAAAUGCAAUGCAAAUGACCAGGGACCUGGGGAUGCGCUACAUUUGGAUCGAUCCACUCUGCAUUGUGCAGGACGAUCGUGAUGAGUGGCUCAGUGGGUCGAAAAAGGCGGCGAGAGUAUUCGAGAGCGCAACACUGGUCAUUGCCGACUCGGGCGCAUGGUCGUUCGAUGAAGGACUGUUCAAUUCUCUUGGAAGUCAUUCAUCUUUCGCAUCUUCCACCCUCGUCCGGAUCCCAUACCAUGACGAGUCCGGGGUUGCAGACGGCACUGUAUUGUACGUGGAUUACGAUUACGGCUACAAUCCCUACGGGUAUCGCAACGAUCCGAACGAGACACACAGCAGCUUCCAAGGGCGUCCCUGGAUCACUCAAGAGUUUUGGAUGUCACGUCGUAUCGCUUUCUUUACAUUCUUUGGGUUCGUGUGGUCAUGUCGGUCUAUUCGCGUAGGGCCAAAUGGUGUCCAAGACAUAUCUACCAGGACUCUGCACAACAGAAAGUGGUCCGAGAUCAUUCAGCAACAUGUAGCGACCAUGUUAAGGCAACCCGAGGACCGACUUCUGUCUCUGGAGGGCAUUAGGACUGAGAUUCAGAAACGAGAUGCUGGGACACUAUACAGACACGGCGUAUUUGAAAAGGAGCUACAGCUGCAGCUGAUGUGGAGGGUUGACUAUGGCCAGGCUGAGCGGCGCAAGAAUCCCCUCGUCGUGCCAUCAUGGUCAUGGGCAUCAAGUUUGGUGAAAAUACGAUUUUUCGAGCCGCAUGGGACACCUGAGCCUUUAUCCAGCGUUAUACAAUUGGAAGACUGCGGGAAGAUGAGUUUCGAUGGCGACGCAGUAGUCAUAUCAGCUGGGAAAAUAAGUAAGUUGAAGAAAUCGCAUUGGUGGCAAAAAAUGACUGUGGUCCCGAAGUUGUUAAACGAACAGCGGUAUAAUUGGGGGAAUACUAUUCGAUAUGAUGAUGCUGAGACGCCUGGUGUUUUUUCGGGUACUUUAUUUGCCCUGUUGCUCUGCACAAAACAAUUAACAUGGCCGGAAGACCGUGUAGAAACACAAGAGUACUUCAUCGUCCUACGAAGGAUCUGCAAAUGGAAUCACACGUACGAGAGAAUUGGAGCAGGAAUGUCUUGUAAUCGCCAUCAACAAGAGUUUGUAGAUAAUCUGCCGAUGCUAUCCUUGGACUGUAAGAUGAAGAACAUUCGUAUCAUCUAGGAUGACAGUCAAGACUUAGUGGGAUAAGGGCACAAGAGAGGUAGAGCCGCUUCGGUUCACAUCAGCAGCAAGGAAGGAUUGAGUACCUAUGUACUGAGUACCAAAAACCACAUUAUAUUUGCAUACUUGGAACGCAUAAACAUG